ACGCAAUUGUGAAUCGGUAAUAUCUUGGUAGUAAACGUUUGAUUUGCAGAAAGAUUACUUUAAAAACGCGUUCAUUUUCGGUGACAACAGACUGAUUCGAUCAACAUGUUUAUCGAUCGUAUAUCUUUGGUCAUUUCCAUUUUGUCAGCAUUUGCUCAAGCCAUACCCAUCGAAAUAAGCGGCGAAGCCAUGCCCGAAGUAAAUACUCCAAUUCCAAUCAUCUCACAAACCGACACAAGUUCACCCGAUGGAAGCUUCAGCUACAGUUUUGAGACUGGUAAUCACAUCAAGCAGCAAGCGAAUGGGUAUCAUAAGACGGUGUUGGUGCCGCGUUUACGUGCCGAUGGUAGUGAAACGGGUGAACUCGAUUCAGCCGAUGUGAUAGUGCAAACCGGAUCAUAUUCGUACAUAGCCCCAGAUGGCACGGUCAUAUCGGUGCACUAUAUCGCUGAUGAGAAUGGUUUUCAAGCAUUCGGUGAUCAUUUGCCAACGCCACCGCCAAUUCCUGAGCCCAUAUUGAAUGCAUUGCAAAGCAGUCAAAAAUUGGAAGAACAGCCAACAGCACAUGAACUGCUUGCAUCCCAAGACAAUGCCAUCGUUGCCAUACCAUCUGAAACGGCGAUGGAAAACAGCGAUGGAAAACAGCGACAGCAGAGAUCAUCAUCACCAUUAUUUUUACCACCACUGUUGCAAUAAUUGCUGACACAUUCAAGGAUACCACACAAGUCACAACUCGCUGGCCAUUGGACAGUCAACCUGAUGGGCGAAACUAUGCAAUUUUUCGAAUAUAAAGAAGCUAAAAAAGAGAUCUUAUUCCUCUAAAACAGAGAAUAAAUGUCCAAUAAUAAAUUUUUUCCUCAGAACAAUUGAAAAUUGAACGCAAUUGAACGAAUAAUCAAUGAAUUUCAGCAAGUUUUUUUUUUUGUAGGUACAUGAUAAAAUUUAUUUAGGAAAUUCAUUUUUUAUUAUAUAAAACAAUUUUUCAAUACAUAAUAAUAAUAAUUUAAUGGUAAAAAAUAAUAUGUGUGUAUGUGUCUGUGUAUUUCAUUUUCAUUUUUAUGUUUUUUUUUUCAUUUUGUUUUAUCUCUCUUCUCUCGUGUCGGUCUGUCUCACUUUUUGUUCUAGUUCAUUUUUAUUCACUUGUCAUUUGCUUUUUCUCUUGCUGUGCAAUUUCACGCGUUUAUUUGCCAUCUAUUCCAGUUUUAUCCAUCACUGAACACGAAUAAUUUGAUGGAUUCUAUCU